AUGAUCUCCCAAAUCACGACCGGUCUUCUACCAGCAGAAGACGACCCUGUGAUCAGCUUCCAGAAGAAAGACCUAAUCAGUCUCGACAUGCCACAUAACGACGCCCUUAUCAUUAGCAUUCAAAUCACUCAAGCCAUGGUCGACCGAAUCCAUACAGACAAGGGCAGCGCAGCUAAUAUCUUGCAGCUGGCAGUCAUUCAACAGAUGGGCUUGGAAGCGAGGAUCAACAAAUCAGCCAGAUCGCUGACUGGCUUUAAUGGUGCAACAACGGUUACCGUGGGCACGAUAGACCUUGACGUCUACUCCCCACCUGUAAUCAGCUCACAAACAUUCAUGGUCAUUGAUGAAGUCUCACCAUACAAUGGCAUCUUGGGCAGACCAUGGAUCGGCAAAAUCAACGCCAUCACCUCUGCCACACAUCAGAAAAUCCGCUACUUAAUUCCUGGGGGCGGAGUCGGCCAGAUCAACAGCGACCAGGCAAUGGCGAGGAAAUGUUCGGCUCAAGGGCUGAAGAAAAGCAAGCUAACAUAG